UGCAAUACAAUGCACAAUUAUUGCAAAAAACAAAUUACACAUUUUAAUAAUGGCACGCUCUGAAGCCUUAACUAUUAAAAUUAUAUUAUGGGCUUUGUUCCUACAAACUUUAGGAGCUACGCAAAAUAAGACCUUUAAAGCCAUAGGAUUUCUACGCUCUCCUCUAGCAGGUCGUAAUUUGUAUGAACAAUACACUUUGGGACAAUCAGAAAAUGGAGCCAAAAUUAUUUACACUUAUCAAUACACCCAAACAUUUGAUGAACAACAACCGGAAAUUUCAUUAGAUUUCAACUAUCCCGAAAAGGCGGGGGAAAAUGAUAAUGAAGCAGAAAUUGAUAGUUUAUUAACAAUUACCCAAAUUCAAUUGUAUGUUAAUGCUGAAGAUGGUGCUACCACUCAGGCCUAUGUUACUGCUGGUGGUAUUGGAGAGAAUAAUAUUUCUUUGCAAAUUGUUGCCAAUAAUUCCAAUUUGUUAAAUUACAUGUUGGUUAUCUAUGGCACAACAGAAUGAUCUUUGAAAGAUAAACGAAAUGAAAAUAAAAAAAAUAAUGAUUAUUGUUAAGAUAACCAUGAAUGAAGGUACACGUACAUAUUAAUAUGUUAAAAUGUGUGAAGUAAAAUCAAAGCAAAAAUAAAAAUAUAUAGGUCCCAGCUAGUUUUUAA